AUGGAAAGGGUGGGUGUGGGUGCCUCUUGCGGGCGUCUUGGUUCCUCCCCAGCUGCAGCGGGGGUGGACCAGAGGGAUCCGGAGAAGCAGGACUUGGCCGAGCAGGGGGAGGGAGCCGUAUCCAUCCAGGACAUGGAGCUGAAGGAGGAAUGGCAGGACGAGGAGUUCCCGGGGCCUCUCCCGGAGGAGGUCUCUGAGGAGGACCUUGAAGACUCCGGCGGGGAGCCCAGCCUAGUUGCCCCGAACACCCUGGAGCUGUGCGGGAAGCGGCACAUGAAGAAGCGGCUGCCAGCGCCGGAUCUCAGCCUCUCUUUAGACCGGGCCGAGGGCUCGGUGCAGUCGGGCGAUUACCCGGAGCGCACGCCGGACGGCAGCCUGGACAUCAACGUGGACGAGCUGGAGACACCAUCCGAGAGCGAGCUGCUGGACGGGCCAGAGGGUGGCCAUGACUUUGAGUGGGAAGACGAACUGCCCAGGGCCCGGCGCCUGGACAGCAGCCUGCUCGAGGAGAAACUCGGCGAGGGGCGCGUGGUGGAUGUCGAGGACAAGGAUGGACGGAAGUGGAGGAUCUUCCUGACGGACGAGCGGGAGCAGAAAGUGGAUCUGAGCGUCGUCGAGCCCUACAAGAGGGUCAUCUCCCAUGGGGGGUACUACGGAGAAGGCCUCAACGCCAUCAUCCUCUUUGCCUCCUGCUACCUGCCCCACAGCAGCAUCCCUGACUAUCAGUACGUGAUGGAGCACCUGUUCAGGUACAUCAUCGGGACGCUGGAGGUGAUGGUGGCAGAAAGCUACAUCCUGGUGUGUCUGAAUGGCGCCACACUCCGCAGCCAGAUCCCGGCCUUCGGCUGGAUAAAGCAAUGCUACCGGACCAUCGACCAGCGGCUCCGGAAGAACCUGAAGGCCAUGAUUAUUGUCCAUCCCACCUGGUAUGUCAAGGCGCUGAUGGCCGUUAUCCGCCCCUUCCUCAGCUCCAAGUUUGGCAGGAAAGUGCAGUUCGUGGACAGCCUGUGGGAGCUGUCGCAACAGAUUCCUCUUGAGCAAGUUCACAUCCCCGACUGCAUCCGACAGCUGGAUCACAGCUGGAACGGCUCCAGGGACACACAGCGGUGA